GUACCAAGCUUGCAAUAUUGUCAAAUUCCUGAACAAUAUAUUGUCUUUCCAUUCGAUUUAAACAUGGAGUAUUAUGUGGCAAGCCCCAAUCACGAAGAUAGGAAAAGAUCCCAGCGGCUAUCGCGAGAAACAGAUCACUUGCUAGAACUGCUCAACAAGGUCGCGGACGAGAGAGAGGCUGUCCGCCGUAAUCUGUAUUAUUUCCAUGAUUUGAUUGAUUCUUUUGAAAGCCAGAUUGCCGAAUACGACACUCUUAUAUCACGGGUGCAGUCGGGUCUGGUGCGCAUAACAGGGAUAUCAGAGGAAUGUGCUUACUUCCCCGCUGUAAGCCCUGUGGUGGACUCCAGUACUGAUCUGGCAUGGAUUGAAGACACUUGGCUCUGCUCCUCCAGCAACUCGGCAGUACUUGGUGAGGCAGAGAUGCACUGGUUAACUGGUCAUCCCCAGAACGCUCUCAAUGCAGUCAGCAGUAUCCUAACGAAGAAUCCCAAUAUCGAUUGGUAUGAUGCCAUGAAAUGUCGUCUGUUCAUGGCAGCCAUUUUACAUAGCAGUGGAGUACACGAUGAGUCGUCUUAUAUUGUGGACAAUGUGCUCAGGCGCUGCGAGGAACAUUGCGUUUCGGAUCAUGUGCAAGCCAGGGAACUCAGUGGGGUUUCCUAUUUCAUCAAGGGGAAAGAUAUGAUGGUUCAGCAGAACUGGAAAGCCGCCUACCAGUCGUUUGCUCAUGCUCUGCAUACCCCUGGUUAUCAAGAUAAAGCGCAGAAGUAGCAGCGCGAAGCAGUAAGAAACCAUAUGCGAGAAAAGUUCGGGAGAGGCCAGCGCCCUCUUCUGCAAGUGCAUCCUUUAGAUGUUACAGAACUUCCGUUGUCCCAAACAUCGAGAGC